AUGCAACCACCCGAAGUGCUCCAUCGCAGCAUUUGCUUGUUCUUCAAGAACUUUUCUCAUCUGAAUUUCUCAUGUAACGACCAUUGCACUAGAUUCAUUCACUUUUUCUCUCAUCCAUUUCUCAUGAACCAGAAGACUGCAGCAUUCAUCUUUCCACUUUUUCUUGAAUCUAGAAUUUCUCAUGCAUAUACCAAGCUUGUUAUUCAAGAACUGACAAGCAUUCAUCUUUCAACUUUUUCUCUCAAAUCUCCAUUUCUCCAUUCAUCUUUCCACUUUUUCUCUCAUCUCCAUUUCUCAUAUAACCACCUAGUGCACUGCAGCAUUCAUCUUUCCUUUUCUCCUCUCCAUUUCUCUAUAACCCUUUCUAUCAUCAAACCCUCUCACUCCUGCCCUUUUCUCAUCUCUCCAUUUCUCUAUUACCCUUUCUAUCCCAUCCGACCCUCUCACCUCCUCCUGCCUGUUUCUCUCUCUCCAUUUCUAUUACCCUUUCUAUCCCAUCUGACCCUCUCCUCCCUGCCUUUUCUCCUCUCCAUUUUCUCAUGUAACCACCCUUUCCCCAUCCGACCCUCUCACUCCUGCAUGUUUCUCCUCUCCAUUUCUCUAUUACCCUUUCUAUCAUCCAACCCUCUUCACUCCUGCAUGUUUCUCUCCUCUCCAUUUCUCUAUACCCACUUUCUAAUCCCUCUCCGACCUCACCUCCUGCAUGUUUUCUCCUCUCCAUUUCUAUUACCCCUUUUAUCCCAUCCGACCUCUCCUCCUGCAUGUUUUCCUCUCCAUUUCUCUAUCUCCCUUUCUAUCAUCAUCCCCCACCCUCUGCAUGUUUCAUCCUCUCCAUUUUCUAUACCCUUUCUAUCCACGACCCUCUCAUCUCUGUUUUCUCCUUUUUCCAUUUCUCUAUUACCUUUUCUAUCCCAUCCGACCACUCCAUCCUGCAUGUUUUCUCCCUCUCCAUUUCUCUGUACCCUUUCUAUCCCAUCCGACCCUCUCCUCCUGUUUCUUUUUCUCCAUCUCCAUUUCUACCCUUUCUAUCCCAUCCGACCCUCUCACUCCCACCCUCUUUCUCCUCUCCAUUUCUCUCAUCUUUCAUUUCUCAUCAAACCCUUCUCCCCUGCAUGUUUUCUCUCUCCAUUCUCUAUUACCCUUUUAUCCCAUCAAACCCUCCAUUUCUCAGUUUUCUCCUCUUCUCUAUUACCCUUUCUAUCGCAUCCGACCCUCUCCUCCUGCCUGUUUUCUCCUCUCCAUUUCUCUAUUACCCUUUCUGCUCUGCUAUCCCAUUCAUCCUGCCCCUUUCUCUUCUCUCUCCAUUUUCUCAUUAACCACCUUAUCUGCUCUGCAGCAUCUCAUCUUCUGCAUGUUUUCUCCUCUCCAUUUCUCUAUUGCCUUUUUACCAUCCGACCUCUCACUCCCACCAUUUUUUCCUCUCCAUUUCUCUAUUACAUUUCUUAUCCCAUCCACCCCUCUCUCCUUCCAGUUUUCUCAAUUUCUCCAUUACCCUUUCUAUCCCAUCCACCCUCUCCUGCAUCCUUUCUAUCCCAGAAACUCUCAUUUCUCCUGCAUGUUUCUCCUCUCCAUUUCUCUAUUACCUUUUAUCCCAUCCGACCUCUCAUUCCUGCAUGUUUUCUCCUCUCCAUUUCUCCUAUUACCCUUUUUCCCUUCAAACUCCCAUUUCUCCCUAUCUAUCUCCAUUUUCUCCUCUCCAUUUCUCUAUUACCCUUUCUAUCCCAUCCGACCCUCUCCUCCCCUGCCUGUUUUCUCCUCUCCAUUUUCUCUAUUACCCUUUCUAUCCCAUCAAACCCUCUCUUCCUGCUGUUUUCUCCUCUCCAUUUCUCUGUACCCUUUCUAUCCCAUCCGACCCUCUCACUCCUGCCUGUUUUCUCCUCUCCAUUUCUCUUAUUACCUUUUUAUCCCAUCCGACCCUCUCACUCCUGCAUGUUUUCUCUCUCCAUUUCUCUAUUACCCUUUCUAUCCCAUCCGACCCUCUCACUCCUGCAUGUUUUCUUCUCUCCAUUUCUCUAUUACCCUUUCUUUCCCAUCCGACCGACCUCUCCUCAUGUUUUUUCUCCAUUUCCUGCCUUUUUUCAAGCCCUCUCUGCCUGUUUCUCAUUUUUCUAUUACCCUUUCUAUCCCAUCCGACCCUCUCACUCCUGCAUGUUUUCUCCUCUCCAUUUCUCUAUUACCCUUUCUAUCCCAUCCGACCCUCUCACUCCUGCAUAUUUUCUCCUCUCCAUUUCUCUAUUACCCUUUUCUAUCCCAUCAACCCUCUCACUCCUGCCUGUUUUCUCCUCUCCAUUUUUCUAUUACCCCUUCCCAUCCACCAAGCCCUCACUCCUGCAUGUUUUCUCCUCUCCAUUUCUCUAUUACCCUUUCUAUCCCAUCCGACCCUCUCACUCCUGCAUGUUUUCUCCUCUCCAUUUCUCUAUUACCCUUUCUAUCCCAUCCGACCCUCUCACUCCUGCAUGUUUCUCCUCUCCAUUUCUCUAUUACCUUUCUAUCCCAUCCGACCCCUCUCACUCCUGCAUGUUUUCUCUCUCCAUUUCUCUAUACCCUUUCUAUCCCAUCCGACCCUCUCACUCCUGCCUGUUUUCUCUCUCCAUUUCUCUAUUACCCUUUCUAUCCCAUCCGACCCUCUCCUCCUGCCUGUUUUCUCCUCUCCAUUUCUCUAUUACCCUUUCUAUCCCAUCUGACCCUCUCACUCCUGCAUGUUUUCUCCUCUCCAUUUCUCUAUUACCCUUUCUAUCCCAUCAAACCCUCUCCUCCUGCCUGUUUUCUCCUCUCCAUUUCUCUAUUACCCUUUCUAUCCCAUCCGACCCUCUCACUCCUGCAUGUUUUCUCCUCUCCAUUUCUCUAUUACCCUUUCUAUCCCAUCCGACCCUCUCCCUCCUGCCAUGUUUUCUCCUCUCCAUUUCUCUAUUACCCUUUCUAUCCCAUCCGACCCUCUCCUCCUGCCUGUUUCUCCUCUCCAUUUCUCUAUUACCCUUUCUAUCCCAUCCGACCCUCUCCUCCUGCAUGUUUUUCUCCUCUCCAUUUCUCUAUUACCCCUUUCUAUCCCAUCCGACCCUCUCACUCCUGCAUGUUUUCUCCUCUCCAUUUCUCUAUUACCCUUUCUAUCCCAUCCGACCCUCUCACUCCUGCAUGUUUUCUCCUCUCCAUUUCUCUAUUACCCUUUCUAUCCCAUCCGACCCUCUCACUCCUGCCUGUUUUCUCCUCUCCAUUUCUCUAUUAACCUUACUAUCCCAUCCGACCCUCUCACUCCUGCAUGUUUUCUCCUCUCCAUUUCUCUAUUACCCUUUCUAUCCCAUCCGACCCUCUCACUCCUGCCUGUUUUCUCCUCUCCAUUUCUCUAUUACCCUUUCUAUCCCAUCAAACCCUCUCUCCCCUGUUUUUCCUCUCCAUUUCUCCCCUUUUUUUCUCCUCAUGUUUUUCAUCAUUUCUCUAUUACCCUUUCUAUCCCAUCCGACCCUCUCCUCCUGCCUGUUUUCUCCUCUCCAUUUCUCUGUUACCCUUUUCUAUCCCAUCCGACCCUCUCACUCCUGCCUGUUUUCUCCUCUCCAUUUCUCUAUUACCCUUUCUAUCCCAUCCGACCCUCUCACUCCUGCCUGUUUUCUCCUCUCCAUUUCUCUAUUACCCUUUCUAUCCCAUCCAACCCUCUCACUCCUGCAUAUUUUCUCCUCUCCAUUUCUCUAUUACCCAUUUUCUAUCAUCCCCAGUUUCCCUCUCCUCCUGCAUGUUUUUCUCUCCAUUUCUCUAUUUACCCUUUCUAUCCCAUCCGACCCUCUCACUCCUGCCAUUUUUUCUCUCCAUUUCUCUAUUACCCUUUCUAUCCCAUCCGACCCUCUCCUUUCCUGCAUGUUUUCUCCUCUCCAUUUCUCUAUUACCCUUUCUAUCCCAUCCGACCCUCUCACUCCUGCCAGUUUUCUCCUCUCCAUUUCUCUAUUACCCUUUCUAUCCCAUCAAACCCUCUCACUCCUGCAUGUUUUCUCCUCUCUCCAUUUCUCUAUACCCUUUCUAUCCCAUCCGACCCUCUCACUCCUGCCUAUUUUCUCCUCUCCAUUUCUCUAUUACCCUUUCUAUCCCAUCAAACCUCUCACUCCUGCCUUUUUCUCUCUCCAUUUCUCUAUUACCCUUUCUAUCCCAUCCGACCCUCUCCUCCUCCCAGUUUUCUCCUCUCCAUUUCUCUGCCAACCCCCUUUCUAUCCCAUCCUGCCAGUUUCUCCUCUCAUUUCUCUACCCUCUCCCAUCAAACCUUUUCUCUCUCCAUUCUCCAUUUCUCUAUUCCUUUCUAUCCCAUCCAAACCCUCUCACUCCUGCCAGUUUUUCUCCUCUCCAUUUCUCUAUUACCCUUUCUAUCCCAUAACCCCUCUCACUCCUGCAUGUUUUCUCCUCUCCAUUUCUCUAUCUCCCUUUCUAUCCCAUCAAACCCUCUCCUCCUGCCUGUUUUCUCCUCUCCAUUUCUCUAUUACCCUUUCUAUCCCAUCAAACCCUCUCACUCCUGCAUGUUUUCUUCUCUCCAUUUCUCUAUUACCUUUCUAUCCCAUCCAACCCUCUCACUCCUGCAUGUUUCUCCUCUCCAUUUCUCUAUUACCCUUUUCCCAUCCGACCCUCUCACUCUCAUGUUUUCUCUCCAUUUCUCUAUUACCCUUUCUAUCCCAUCCGACCCUCUCUCUCCUGCCUGUUUUCUCCUCUCCAUUUCUCUAUUACCCUUUCUAUCCCAUCAACCCCUCUCCUCCUGCACUUUUUCUCCUCUCCAUUUCUCUAUUAACCUUUCUAUCCCAUCCGACCCUCUCCUCCUGCCAGUUUUCUCCUCUCCAUUUCUCUAUUACCCUUUUAUUCCAUCCGACCCUCUCACUCCUGCCAGUUUCUCCUCUCCAUUUCUCUAUUACCCUUUCUAUCCCAUCCGACCCUCUCCCUCCUGCCUGUUUUCUCCUCUCCAUUUCUCUAUACCCUUUCUGUUCCAACCCUCUCCUCCUCCACUUUUCUCUUCUCUCCAUUUCUCUAUUACCCUUUCUAUCCCAUCCAAACCCUCUCACUCCUGCCUUUUUUCUCCUCUCCAUUUCUCUACCCUUUCUAUCCCAUCCGACCCUCUCUCCUCCUGCAUGUUUCUCCUCUCCAUUUCUCUAUUACCCUUUCUAUCCCAUCAAACCCUCUCCUCCUGCAUUUUCUCCUCUCCAUUUCUCUAUUACCUUUCUAUCCCAUCCACCCCUCUCCUCCUGCCAGUUUUCCCUCUCCAUUUCUAUUACCCCUUUCUAUCCCCAUUUCUCUUUCCCUUUGUUUCUCCUCUCCAUUUCUCUAUUACCCUUUCCUAUUCCAUCCGACCCUCUCCUCCUGCCCAUUUCUCUCUCCAUUUCUCUUUCCCCUCCCAUCCCACCCUCUCCUCCUGCAUGUUUUCUCUCCAUUUCUCUAUUACCCUUUCUAUCCCAUCCGACCCUCUCACUCCACUUUGUUUCUCUCUCUCCAUUUCUAUUACAAACCCUUUCUAUCCCAUCCCUCUCCUCUCUACCUCCUGCAUGUUUUCUCCUCUCCAUUUCUCUAUUACCCUUUCUAUCCCUCCGACCCUCUCCUCCUGCCUGUUUUCUCCCUCUCCAUUUCUCUAUUACCCUUUCUAUCCCAUCCAACCCUCUCACUCCUGCCAUGUUUUCUCCUCUCUCCAUUUCUCUAUUACCCUUUCUAUCCCAUCCAACCCUCUUUCUCCUGCCAUGUUUUCUCCUCUCCAUUUCUCUAUUACCCUUUCUAUCCCAUCCGACCCUCUCCCUCCUGCCAGUUUUCUCCUCUCCAUUUCUCUAUUACCCUUUCUAUCCCAUCCGACCUCUCCUCCUGCAUGUUUUCUCCUCUCCAUUUCUCUAUUACCCUUUCUAUCCCAUCCGACCCCCUCUUUCUCCCCUGUUUCUCCUCUCCAUUUCUCUAUUACCCUUUCUAUCCCAUCCGACCUCUCUCUCCUGCAUGUUUUUCUCCUCUCCAUUUCUCUAUUACCCUUUCUAUCCCAUCCGACCCUCUCCUCCUGCCUGUUUUCUCCUCUCCAUUUCUCUAUUACCCUUUCUAUCCCAUCAAACCCUCUCCUCCUGCCAGUUUUUCUCCUCUCCAUUUCUCUAUUACCCUUUCUAUCCCAUCCGACCCUCUCUCCUCCUGCAUGUUUUCUCCUCUCCCAUUUCUCUAUUUAACCCUUUCUAUCCCAUCCGACCCUCUCCUCCUGCCUGUUUUUCUCUCUCCAUUUCUCUAUUACCCUUUCUAUCCCAUCCGACCUCUCCUCCUGCCUGUUUUCUCCUCUCCAUUUCUCUAUUACCCUUUCUAUCCCAUCCGACCCUCUCACUCCUCCAUUUUCUCCUCUCCAUUUCUCUAUUACCCUUUCUAUCCCAUCCGACCCUCUCUCCCUGCAUGUUUCUCCUCUCCAUUUCUCUAUUACCCUUUCUAUCCAUCCACCCUCCCUCUCCUUGCCUCUUUUCUCCUCUCAUUUUCUAUCCCUUUCCUGACCCUCUCCCCUCCUGCCAUUUUCUCCUCUCCAUUUCUAUUACCCUUUCUAUCCCAUCCAUCAUUCAUCUUUCCUUUUUCUCUCUAUCUCCAUUUCUCAUUUUAACCACCUCUAAUUGCACUGCACCAUUCAUCUUUCCACUUUUCUCUCAUCUCCAUUUCUCAAUAACCCCUUUUUCAGCAUUCAUCUUUCCACUUUUUCUUCAUCUCCAUUUCUUUUUACACUCAGCAUUCAUCUCCACUUUUCUCUCAUCUCCAUUUGUAACCCUAAUUGCUCUCCCAUCCAUUCCUCUCUUUUCUCUCAUCUCCCAUUUCUCUCAUUCACCCUCUUUCCACUUUUUUCUCUCAUCUCCAUUUCUCAUUAACCACUUUCUAUCCCUUUCUCGACCCAUUUUCUCUCAACCACCUGCCAGCAUUUUUUUCCACUUUUCUCUCAUCUCCAUUUCUCAUCCCAACCACCUAAUUGCCCUGCCUGUUUCUCCUUUCUCUCUCUCCAUUCUUUUUUCUUUUCUCUCCAUUUCUCUGUCCUUUUUUCUCAUCUCCAUUUCUCAAAACCCUCUCACUCUCUUCCACUUUUCUCUCUUCUCCACCUUUUUCUCAUCCCAUUUCUCAUUUUUCCAUCUCCAUUUCCCUGCCUGUCAUUCCCUUUUCUCUCAUCUCCAUUUCUCAUCUCAACCACCUAAUUUCCCUGCAGCAUUCAGCCCUCUCACAUUUCUCAUGCCCAACCACCCCAUUUUUCUCCUCUCCUUUUCUCAUAUUACCACUUUUCUCCAGCAUUCAUCUUUCCACUUUUUCUCACAUUUCUCACUCCACUUUUCUCUUUUCUCUCUCCAUUUUCUCUAUUACAUUCACCUAUUCCAGGGCAGCCCUCUUUUUCUGCUUUUUUCUCAUCUCCAUUUCUCUCAUUUUUUCUCUCCCUUUUCUCUAUUCCCAUUUUCUAUCCCAUCUGACCCUCUCACUCAUUCAUUUUUCCUCUUUUCUCUAUCUCCCUUUCUCAUCCCAUCCACCCCACUCACUCCAGCAUGUUUCUCUCCAUUUCUCUCAUCUCCACUUUUUCUAUCCCAUCAACCCUCUCACUCAUUCAUCUUUCCCUUUUUUCUCUCUCCAUUUCUCUAUUACCUUUCUAUCCCAUCCGACAUUCAUUCCAGCCUUUUUCUCUCUCCAUUUCUCUAUUAA